AUGAUUGAUACUCACUGCAUGUGGCUGUGGCAAAAGGGCCUUCAUAGUAACCGUGGCCGAGAGGUCCGGAGGGUUCAGGCUGGCCACAUUCAAAAGCGUCUUGUGGAGGAAAGGGACCGUUUCCAGGAGGAAAACAACGAGUUGAGUGAAAGCGUGCUGAAGCUUGAGCAUGAAAGAGACGCUUUGAUGAACUCAAUGAUAGACCAUGCGACCCAGAUGAUGCUACUAGAGGCUUGGCGAAUGAGUCGCCAGUUGCAGACCCCGAUUUGCUCCGAGCUGAGUGAUGUCGAUGGAACUUUAUCCAACAUCCAAAGAGCUCUCGUUGCGGCGUGCCCUGCGGAUCACCACGGGGAUUGCCUUCGCAUGAGGAACUUCAGCAUCACUCGCAUCCAAAAGAUUUUGAAUGUUGGAAUUUGGAAAGACUAUGAGUUUCGUAAAGAGAAAGUCCGCAAAGAAUUGGAUGGGCGUGACAGCGUCCCUGCCGUGACUGGUGGUUUGCCAUCACAAGCCUGCAGUUGGGCACAUUUGGAUGAAGGGAUCAAUGAGAUCUUGCUCAUCCACGGUACGACACGGGACAAGAUCAAUGAAAUUGCAAACUUUGGAUUUGACGAGCGCCUGGCCCGUGAAAGAGGGCUCUAUGGCCAAGGAGUCUACUUCACGGAUCAAAGCUGCAAAAGUCGACAGAGUCUACAGUAUUCCGGGGCAAAGUGUGGUAACAGUGGUUGCUUCAUCAUUGCCCGUGCGAUCCUUGGGCACCCUUUUCGUGCCCAGGGACCCUUGAAGCAACUGAAGGUGGAACCACGGGUGGACGAAAAUGACCCGUCCCUUCCGGUCGUUGUCACUCCGUCAUCGCCCUUCCCGGGACUCCUCAUGGUGGGCAGCAACAGGUACACCAAGAAUUUGUCUUUUGAUGGCGCUCAAGCCUAUCCAGAAAUGAUUGUGUAUAUACUUCAGUUGCUAAGCCUGUAA